GAUAGCUGAUAGAAGGUGUUUUGUUUUGGUUUCUUCGUUGAGGGUAAAAGCAUGUUCCUUGAUUGGUGCCCAGAAGAGAGAGAGAGAGAGAGAGUCAGGUCCAGGCAAUCCAACCCAAAGAUACCAUCUUCUGGGAAAGUGGCUUCGCUUCCUUCUCUAAAUCACCGACCAAUUUCCACAAUUUGACCAUUAUUAUGAGUGUACUUUGAAACUUCAAACUCCAUGAAUCAUACCCACCCAUAUGAAUCACAUGCUUUCCACCCCAUAAUUUAAUCUACCUACACCUUUAUUAUUAUUAUUUUUAUUAUUAUUAAUUAUUAUUCCCACUCUCCAUUUCUUUCCAAUUCCAAUAGGCUCACUCACUUUUGCUUUAACCAUGAUUUCCCUAUCAACUAACCCCUUCUUUCUCCUCACUACACAAAACGCUUCUUCUUCUUCUUCUUCUUCUUCUUCUACUACUACUAGAUUUCACACUGCAAACAAGGUAAAUUCAUUCUACAACAAGAAGCACGGUAAGGAUCAUAGAAAGUUUGUCUGUGCUUGCAUCGCUCCUCCGCGAAACUUCAAAAGCCAAGACUCUUCCGCCAUUCAAUUCAAUGGUUCAUCCAAAUCAGAACAAUUAAGCACGGUGCGCGAUCAUGAGGUUGAUUCUAAUGUUCUUAUUGAGUGUAGAGAAGUCUACAAGUCUUUUGGGGAAAAGAAAAUCUUAAAUGGUGUCAGCUUCAAGAUCAGAGAUGGUGAAGCUGUUGGAAUUAUUGGUCCCUCUGGGACAGGCAAAUCUACAGUUUUGAAGAUUAUUGCAGGACUUCUUGCUCCAGAUAAGGGGGAAGUUUAUAUUCGAGGUAGAAAGAGAGUUGGUUUAAUAAGCGAUGAUGAGAUAUCUGGUCUUCGGAUUGGUUUAGUGUUCCAAAGUGCAGCACUUUUUGAUUCUUUGACUGUUCGUGAAAAUGUUGGUUUUCUCUUAUAUGAACACUCAAGCAUGUCUGAGGAACAGAUAUCAGAUCUUGUCAAGGAAAGCUUGGCUGCAGUUGGAUUAAAGGGAGUUGAGGAUCGGAUGCCUUCUGAGUUAUCAGGCGGGAUGAAAAAGCGAGUUGCUUUAGCACGAUCUAUUAUUUUUGACAACACACAGGAUUCAAUAGAGCCAGAGGUGCUCUUGUAUGAUGAACCAACUGCUGGUCUUGAUCCCAUUGCAUCUACUGUUGUUGAGGAUCUGAUUCGCUCUGUGCAUGUAAAAGGACGAGAUGCACUUGGAAAACCUGGGAACAUUGCAUCUUAUGUGGUUGUUACUCAUCAACAUAGUACCAUUAAAAGAGCCAUUGAUAGGUUGUUGUUUUUACACAACGGAAAGAUUGUUUGGGAAGGAAUGACUCAUGAAUUCACAACUUCAACAAAUCCAAUUGUUCAGCAGUUUGCAUCCGGGAGCCUGGAUGGUCCUAUCAAAUAUUAGAACAGUGCUGCAAUCAUAAACAAGCUAAAAUGGAUUAUGGUUGAUCUUGGCUACCAUGGAGCGUAUUGAUAGGAAUGGGAAUGGAUGUGGCUUUUUGGGAUGAGUAAUAAAUUAAGGAUUAACGGGUUGGUCAGGGUUAUUAACUUCCAAUUUUUAACUUUUAUAGAAGUGACCAUCCGCUUUGUAUUCGAAACUGGCAUGUACAGCUUUUUGUUAUUGAUUAUUGUGACUUAACUCAUUCAUAUUGCAUGCACACCAUAAGUACUCUGAGGAAGUAGGUAGAAGAGAUUGGUAUAA